GUUUCGCUGGUGGAGAAGAUGCAGGCUCAGGAAAUCCUGCGGAGCUUGAGGCUCCCUGAAUUCGAUGACCUCAGCCAAUUCUUCCGCAACCUGCCGGCCACGGCGCUGGUGGGCAUCGGUGCCUUCGCCGCCGUCCGCUUGCCCUCCCCCCCCGGCGUCGCUUGCUGGUCCCCCAGCCGGCCCAAGGCUGUGAAGCCACCAUGUGACCUACGGAUGCAAUCGGAGGAAGUCGAGGGCCUGUCCGGGGCACGCCGGUCGGUGAUCGGAGACAGCCCGCAGCUGCUGACGCACUACUACGAUGACGCCAGGACCAUGUAUGAGGUCUUCAGGAGGGGAUUCGGCAUCUCUGAAAACGGCCCCUGCCUGGGGUUCAGGAAGCCCAAGCAGCCCUACCAGUGGCUGUCCUACAAGGAGGUGGCUGAAAGAGCAGAAGCUCUGGGUUCAGGGCUUCUUCAGCAGGGCUGCAAACCAUCCACAGAGCAAUUCAUUGGGGUUUUUGCUCAAAACCGUCCAGAGUGGAUCAUUUCUGAGCUGGCUUGCUACACCUACUCCAUGGUGGUGGUUCCCCUCUAUGAUACCUUAGGUCCUGGAGCCAUUCGUUACAUCGUCAACACAGCUGACAUUUCCACAGUCAUUUGUGACAAACCUGAAAAAGCCAAAAUACUCCUCGACCACGUGGAGAGGAAAGAAACACCAGGUCUGAGCUCCAUCAUCCUGAUGGACCCGUUUGAGAAGGAGCUGAUGGAGAGAGGGAGGUGCUGUGGGGUUCGCAUCCAGACCAUGAAGGAGGUGGAGGACUGUGGCCGUGAGAGUCGACACGUGCCUGUGCCCCCCCGGCCAGAAGAUCUAUCAAUUGUCUGUUUUACUAGUGGCACUACAGGGAACCCCAAAGGUGCUAUGCUGACUCACGGGAACGUGGUUGCUGAUUUUUCAGGCUUUUUGAAAGUGACGGAGAGUCAGUGGUCUCCUACUUGUGAGGAUGUUCACAUUUCCUAUUUGCCUUUAGCACACAUGUUUGAGAGAAUGGUACAGUCUGUCGUUUAUUGCCAUGGAGGGAGAAUUGGGUUCUUCCAGGGAGAUAUUCGUCUCUUAUCUGAUGAUAUGAAAGCGUUGCGUCCAACUAUCUUCCCCGUUGUGCCACGGCUGUUAAACAGGAUGUAUGAUAAGAUCUUCAGCCAAGCAGACACGUCCCUCAAGCGCUGGAUGCUGGAAUUUGCCGCGAAACGGAAAAAAGCUGAAGUUCGAAACGGGAUCAUUAGAAACGACAGCUUGUGGGAUAAACUUUUCUUUAAUAAAAUACAGGCAAGUCUCGGUGGGUGCGUUCGCAUGAUAGUAACCGGCGCUGCCCCCGCGUCUCCAACCGUCCUGGGCUUCCUCCGCGCAGCCCUCGGAUGUCAGGUUUAUGAAGGUUAUGGCCAAACAGAAUGUACAGCAGGAUGCACCUUCACAACUCCAGGUGACUGGACAUCAGGUCAUGUAGGAGCCCCUUUGCCCUGUAACUUAAUCAAAUUGAAGGAUGUGGAAGAGCUGAAUUAUUUUGCUUCCAAAGGAGAAGGAGAGAUAUGUGUGAAAGGACCAAAUGUUUUCAAAGGUUACCUGAAGGAUGAAGAGAAGACGACUGAAGCACUGGACCAGGAGGGCUGGCUUCACACUGGGGACAUCGGGAAAUGGUUACCUAAUGGGACUCUUAAAAUUAUUGAUCGGAAAAAGCAUAUAUUUAAACUUGCUCAGGGAGAAUAUAUUGCACCGGAGAAAAUAGAGAAUAUCUAUAUCCGCAGUGACCCUGUCGCCCAGAUCUACGUCCACGGGGACAGCCUGCAGGCCUUUCUGGUGGGAAUUGUGGUGCCUGAUUCUGAAGUUAUGCCAGGCUGGGCAAAGAAAAGAGGGUUUGAUGGAACAUAUGCAGAACUCUGUAAAAACAAGGAACUGCAGCGAGCAAUAAUGGAAGACAUGGUACGGUUAGGUAAGGAGAGUGGACUUCAUUCCUUUGAGCAGGUCAAAGCCAUUUACAUUCACUCCGAUAUGUUCUCAGUACAAAACGGUUUGUUGACACCAACGUUAAAGGCUAAGAGACCAGAACUAAGAGCUUACUUCAAAAAACAAAUAGAAGAGCUAUAUUCCAGCAUCUCCAUCUGA